AUGGCUCAGAAAUUGACUUUGGUUUGCUGCGCCCUGCUGGGCGUGGCGGCGGCCAGCUAUCUGCCGCAUGGCGGCUAUGAGCACGGCCAUGGCGUGGGCUACAGCAUCAAGACGCAUCACGAGGCGCCCAAGAAGUGGCACUGGGCACCGCAGCAGGAGCAGCAGCAUUAUUAUGUGGCCGCAGCACCGCAGCAGGUGCACCACUGGGCACCACAGCACCACCAUGUGGCUGUGGAGGAGGCACAUCAUCAUCCCAAGUAUCAGUUCGACUAUGGCGUCAAGGAUACCAAGACGGGCGACAUUAAGCAGCAGUGGGAGACGCGCGACGGCGACAAGGUGAAGGGCGGCUACACCAUGAAGGAGGCCGACGGACGCACUCGCAUCGUGGAGUACACGGCCGAUGACCACAACGGCUUCCAGGCUGUGGUCAAGCACAUUGGACACGCCUAUCAGCCGGCGGAGCAUAAGUCAUACGAUCAUAGCUACUAUGGCCAUGGACAUGGACAUGCCAGCAGCUAUGUGGAUGUGAAGCAGGACACGGGCAGCAAAUGGUGGUGAAUGGAAAUGGAAGCUAGCUUAUGAUAAUAGAAGAGAACUGUUUGAAAAUGAAUGCCAAUACGAUAAAAAUAUAAUAAAUAUUAUAGCAAGGAUAAAUGUAA